UUCCUUUAGAUAAGACCAAAUCCCUUCUCUCUCAAAAAAAAGAGAGCAAAAAACAAAUCUCUCGGCGGCGGAGGCGGUUUGAUCUGAUCGGCGGCGAUCUAGUCCUUCCUUCACCACCCGCCCUCUUCCUGUUACAGGAGCGGUCGAUCCAUCUGUGGUCAUGUCGUCGGCCAACGCAACCUCUUGUGUUUAUGGAGAAAUUUCGAAUGACGGCUUUGCCAGACUGCACACAGGGGAUGAUUUCACUUCUAGCCCAUCAUCAAAUACUCUCCAGGAGUUCGGUGAUGCUUGGAUUGCUGCUGCCGAGCGCCAGCUCAGCCUCAGGCCCAAGUCGCCGUCCCCUGAGGAGCUGAUGAAACGCAGACAGGAGCGUAAGCGCAAGGGCUUGGUCAUAGCGCUCAACACAUAUGCCAAGCAAAACAACAUGCAGCUCACUGAUUUAGAAUUCGUGGAAGAGAAAGAGAGGAACCAAGUCUAUGGACGCGGAGCACUGUAUGUGCACUCCAACUUUCUGGUGAAAGGUUCAGAUGGCAAACCUACUAUGUUCUUUGCUGAGAUGGAUCCUGACUGCACACAGGAAGAGGAUGUUUUUUGCUGCACUCCUUUGGAAGAAAACGACUAUGGUCAUUGCUUGGAGUGUGACGAUCGAGCAAAGGAGCUUAGGCAUCCCUCGGGCGGUGGCUACUUGGGUGGACAUGAUGAGAUGAUUUUUCACUUUGAGGAGCUGGACAGUGAUGAUGACUAUUUUAUGUGAAAGGAAUCUAUAUAUCCACCAACACAGACCCAGAAACUAAUCUGUUUGGUCUUGGAUAAGGAUUUGUGGCUCUCGGGUGCCGCAAACCCCUAUAUGAAUAUAGUAUUAAAAAAUAUCAGGAAAUUUUAAAAAAUUCUGGGAUUUUGGGAUAUCAAACUUGGGCUCCCAUUCUAUUCCCGCGUUUAGUUGCGUGAGGAAUGGGUACCCGUGGUAUUCGUUCGGUCGGACCGUAUAUUCAUCGCCACGGAUACCAUGGGCAUCCAUUCCCCAUGAAAUAAAUUGUGGGGUAGAAUGGGCACCCAAGUUUGAUAUCCCAAAAUCCCAGAUUUUUUAAAAAUUUCCUGGUAUUUUUUUAAUACUAUAUUCAUAUAGGGGUUUGUGGCACCCUAGAGCUCCCAUGCAUUUCCCGCCUGGUCUUUGUCUACUAGUAUAUGGUUAAGGUGUAUGGCGAGAAGUUUUGUAGAGUGAUAUUGUAGCAAGAGGUGAUGCAUGUGACAUGCAGGGUGUAAGGAAAGAACAGAAGUUAUUGUAACUGAAUGAGUGUAGGAUGAUGUGUCAUAAGGAACUCCUGAUUUGUGUUUAUACAUGGGUUGGGACUUGCGGUA